AUGAAAAAAGUUUAUAUUGGGAAAACUGCACUUAAAGCCCCUCGAAAUGGUUGUAAACAUCAGAAAAGAAGUUCAUUGCAGGAGCAGAAAGAGGACCUACAGAAGCGGCUCUCCUAUACCACUCAUAAGCUGGAGAUGCUGGAAAGUGAGUUUGAUGCCACCAAGCAGUACCUGGAGACAGAACUACGACGGGCGCAGGAGGAGCUGGAGAAAUUCACUGACAAGCUACACAGGAUACAGAGCAGCUAUGCAGCACUGCAGAGAAUAAACCAAGAACUAGAGGAGAGGUUUAACCAACAGACACAGCAAUACGAAGAGGAGAAAAGGACACUCAGGCAAGAACUCAUCGUACUCAAUAAUCAUUUAACGGAGGCCAAAGUCACUAUUAAAAAACUAAGAGAAGACAACGACCUGUACAGGAAGGAAAGCGACGGUGCAGCUCGGCUCCUGCAGUGUGGAAAAUCCCAUUACAGAGCACAGAAGCAGGCCAAGGUUCCCCCCGACUUUCAAGAGGAAGCGAGUUCUCUCAUGGAGAGUCUAGGGCAUGGGAGGAGCCUGGGCCAGUGCCACUCACCCUACUCUGAUGCUGCUUCAACAAUCAUUGCCAAAGUACCGGAGAAUACUGUGCCAGGUAGUACCUGCCCAGUCACACGCUCACUUAGCCCACAGCCUCAAGACCUGGACUUUCUGUCAAACAACGAAAUGAACAGUGUUGAUACUCUCCAACAUCAUGUUGUAUACAAAUCUUCUGACCUAUUCUGCAGUGACACAGCACUAUACUGUCCCAUGGAUAAAGGACGACAGAAUCGCUGGCAAGAGCGUCGAAAGAGUGCGGACCUCCAUGGCAGGAACACUAGCAUUCUCCAAACUAGGAACGCUAAAGCUAGCAACCCGGAGGAUUACAACUUCCACGAUCAGUUCUCCCAGGACGACAUCGCUCUCCAUGAAUUCGCCGAAGGGUUCACACCAGCAUCAAGCCCUUACUCUAGCUUCAGCGUGGCUUCAGAUGAGAAGGGCCCUGCUCCCAGCAGCACCAUUUCCUCCUCUCACCUGGCCCUAUACAUGGACUGGCGGGAUGGUGAUUACGAGUGUAAGAGCACAUACGACAAAGACAGCUCCAGGUUUCCCAAGUCGCACAGUUUCCAACACAUGACCUCCAGCCCUCAAAAGGGCAACUCCCCAGUGUAUAUGCAAACAGCAUCCUGCUACAGCGAGCCAUACCAUUCACUGCAGCUCACGUCCUCUCACAGCAUGGGCUCCUCGGGAGUACCAGGACAAAAAGACAACAGCAUCCAUAUUCCUGAGGAGGAGCUGUUGGGCCGAUGGAGGCAUCUAAGUGUGGAGGACAUCAAUACCUUUUCAUAUCGCAAUCCUGGUCAUGUUUCACCUUACAGCUUCUCCGAGCAGCAUUUUGCAAUGGGGCCUUCCAAGGUCAAACUAGGACCGCUGUACAGCAGUGUCCAGGAAAGAGACAAUAACCUAUACACAGGUAUGCCACACAGGUAUUCCCGUUUCUCCCCUUCGCCUGGCUCCGGCUUGGCACAGAGCCCCAAGCAUAGUCUGGACAUGUGUACAACUGAAAAAGAGCUGAUGUACCAGUCACAUAACAGCAUCCUGGAGUCCAAGAGCAGCCAGUUCCUUGCUGGUAUCUCAAAAGACAAUGAAAGCACCAUGGGAAAUGUGAACGAAGAAUAUGUAGAUGUAAGCCCAACUGAGACUUUGCACCAAACUUCCCUGGACGUGUCUAGUGUGCGGCACUACCAGCUUCAAAGCCCAGGGCCGCACAGGACGACCACGCCGCAGCACCAAAAAUUCACAAGCACAGGACUGAGUAGAAAGGACAGUCUCACCAAAGCUCAACUCUAUGGAACACUGCUUAAUUGA